UUAAUCCAUCACUAAAGAUUGAAGAAUAUGUCGGCGAUGGGAACUUGCCCGUCGCCGCGCCCAUCGCCGGCGGUUCUUCUCCGGCGAAGUCAAAAUCCAAAUUUCAUCUCUUACAACACGGCGCCAUGUUUCCCCUACGUGAGAUGCACUCUGAACCCCACCUGCGCCACUAUGGAAACCCAAUUCCAAGGCCGAAUGUUCAUUUUGGGAAUGGGUUUCGUCGGAGAGUUUUUCGCUGCAGAUUUGAAGAGUAAAGGAUGGACUGUAACUGGAACGUGUACUAGCGCUGCCAAGAAGAAGAAACUGGACGAAAUGGGAUACGAUGCAUUUGUGUUUGAUGCCAAAGAUCCAUUACCAGAGGUCCUAGAUGUCAUGAAAUGUCACUCACAUCUUCUUAUCUCCAUUCCGCCUGUUCCCGGCACUGGUGAUCCCAUGCUUCAACAUAGAAAAUUACUUAAUAAUAGAUUGAAAAGUGGUGACCUCCAGUGGCUGGGCUACUUGUCAUCAACUAGUGUAUAUGGAGAUCGUAGCGGUGCAUGGGUAGAUGAAGAAUUUCCAGCAAGGCCUACAACUGAAUCGGCCCGAGCUAGAUUGGCCGCUGAAGAAGGGUGGUUGCAGUUAGGUCUUGACCUUGAGAUCGCUUCACAAGUAUUUCGACUUGGUGGUAUCUAUGGCCCUGGCAGAAGUGCUGUUGAUACCAUUCUUAAGCAGGGCACCCUUUCAAAGAGUCAGCUCAUGAGAUCAUCUAAGCAUUUCACUUCUCGAAUUCAUGUUGCUGACAUUUGCCAAGCGCUCAAUGCCAGUAUUCAGAAGCCAUCUCCCGGUAGGAUAUACAACAUAGUAGAUGAUGACCCUGCUCCUAGAAAGGAAGUAUUUAGAUUUGCAGAGAGCUUGGUUGAGAAGAAAUGGCCAGACAGCAUCAAACAAUGUAAUCUUACUGAAGAUGCUCCAUCUUCACUUGGUCCCAAAGGAGCUUAUAAUGGAGGUGAGAAGAGAGUUUCCAAUGGCCGCAUGAAAGAAGAACUGGGAGUGAGGCUGCUGUACCCUACAUACAAAACCGGGCUGGCAAGCAUCGUCGAGCGCGUGGCAUGCCCUCCCCUGCAAGCCGACUAAGGGCGUUCUUUGUAUUAAUGUUGCACCAGUAGACUUAGAUUUUACAAGUGUUCUCUCGGUUAGAAUUUAACUAGAGUUAUCCGCACAGACUUAGCUCACUAGUUCAGUAGGCAGUAUUUGAAAGAAGAAUUUAACUAGAGUAACGGUCUAGAGACAUGGUCUUCUUUGCAUGCCUGUUUGGGUGCUAAAGAUGCAAUGGCCCUCUAUUUAUAUGGUUUGGUACCUUGUCUUCUAGCUGCCUACGGCCAAUAGCCAAUCAUUAUUAUAUUAUAAACUACCUUAUAAUUUGGUGGACUACUGACAUAUAGGUUCAUUUUCAAUAUUGUGAAGAUUCAUUUUUAA